UGAGGAUACAGGACAAGCAGGCAUUGAGAAGAGAACAGGGCAAGUUGUAUCGUACUGCGCAUUAUAGAGAUUUCUAUGUUUACUGUAUUAUACAAAACAUUACAAAAACCUACCUACAGAAUGACUUAGGAUAUAUGCGACAGGCUAUUCUUCUGAGAUUUAAGAAGGGUCGCUAUCUUCCACCGCUGUGCCAUUACACUUUCCGAAUACCAUCCGGAGUUUGGUGAGGAUGCAGUCGCAAGGAGUCCCACCUGCUCCCUCUACACCCCUGGGCUUUGUACAGAUCAGUGAUAAAGACCUGACUGAGAUCGAACUGCACUCUGUAGACUCCAUCAGUGACCUGCAUCGCGCACACCCUGAACAGCAUGGCAAAGGUUGCCGACCAGCCCGCCCCAAACCUCCCUCUAUCAAUGGGAAACUUCAAUCACUGGACAAACCAGCAAUCUGUCAAUCAGGGCAUCAAAUGAGAAGGUCCCAUCUGAAACAACUCAGCAGCAUGUGCAUUCCCUGUAUGUGGCGCUAUUCUUUGGCAUGUGUGGCUUUAACUCUGAUCCUCCUCACUCUUAUUCUCAUCUUUAGCUUCUUAGUCCAACAGAGCAGAGCUCUACACACUCUCUCUGAAAUGGUGAGCCAACGGCAAGAAACGACAGAGGAAAUCUCCAUCCUUAUUCAGGAGCUCCAGGCUCUUCGUAGAAACCUGACCGCAUUGGGAGACAGACACUGACUGUACUGUUCCAUGAGUCAGCCACUUGCAAAACAAGCCAAUUCACUAAUGGAUAUUUUUAGCUCAUAAGUGUGAUUCUAAGUAUCAAAACAAAAUUUAUGUGAACAUACUUUUUAAUAUGCUGCGAUUUAUUGUAAAACAAUCCUGCUCAUGCAUUGUUAAUGGAAUGACUGUUAGGGUAUACGUUACAGACUGCCAACCAGAAUCUAGAUAAAUAUACAUCUGCUUAUAUGCACCAGGUGCUCUGGGCCACUGGCAACUGGACUUUUGACAAUAGUGGACAAAGGAGUCCAGACUAGCAGAGACCUUUUUGUAACAUUUUAAAUUGCUUGAAAGCUUAAGAAAAAUGACUAAAGAAUUUUUUUUUCCAUGUUUGCAUUAGACUACUGAGGAUAUCAAAGACCAGAGACCAAGCUCAGUCUAUGGUAAAACAAGCAACUAAAGGGAAAAUUUAGCAUGGACAACCACAGACCACUGUUCAGGAAUAUGCAUCAUUAUAUGAGUACAGAUGUGAAGGUAAAAGAGAAAUAAAGAAUUUUAGAACCAAGUUAUAGAGAUGCUUGGGUAAGCCCAACAAUAGUUCAACAAAAUUUGCUCUUCAACUAAUCUUCAAUAACUUGCAAAAGCACUCACUCUACAUUCACAAAACUACAUAAUCUUCCCUCCUUUGAAAUAAUUGCAAGUAAAUACCGACCCUGGAACAGUGUUUUAUCUUAGAUUCUCUAAAUAUGUGCCAGAAUAAAAUGUAUUAAAAUGAGGCUCAUAACUGUUUCAAAUGAUCAUGUAUAGUGUAAAGUAUGUAUAAAAAAAACAUGUUCUAGUUGGCUAGGAAAUAACUAAUUAGCAAAAAUAAUAAAGAGGGUAAAACCAA